AUGAGCGAAAAUCAAAACCAUUACCAAUUUGAUGUCGUAAUGACAUGUUCCGGAUGUUCUAGCGCUGUUGAACGUGUGCUGAAGAAACUUGAACCAGAUGUCUCCCACAUUGAUAUAUCCUUACCACAACAAACUGUGGAUGUAUAUACCACAUUGCCAUACGAAACCAUCCUUGAAAAGAUCAAAAAGACAGGUAAAGAGGUCAAAUCUGGAACCACUCUUUAG